GUCAUGGAAAAAUGGAGCCCAUCGGAAAGUACACGCCCACUUGACAUAAAUAUGACACCAGCGCGCCUCCCACGCACGCACACAGAGGUACACUGUACCUAGGAAGUGACGGACAGCCCAGCCCGUUGCUAAAUCUACACAACAAUGAGCUAUCCAGGCUAUCCUCCCCAGGCUGGUGGAUACCCUCCUCAAGCAGGAGCAUACCCACCUGCAGCAGGCGGUUACCCUCCCCAACCUGGAAUGUACCCCCCGCAGGCGGGUGGAUAUCCUCCCCAAGCCGGUGCUUACCCACAACAGCCAGGUGCCUAUCCUGGUCAGCCAGGCGGUUACCCGGGCCAGCAGGGUGGUUACCCUGGUCAGCCUGGUGGUUACCCUGGCCAGCCGGGUGGCUACCCUGGUCAGCCAGGUGCCUUUCCUGGUGUCCCAUCAGGGGGUUGGGGUGCUUCCGGUACACCAGGAAUGCCUUCAAUUGGUCUUGAUAAUUUGCCAAAUCCUGGAUUCACUGCAGGCAAUCUCCCAGCAAUGGCCAAUCAGAUUGCCACUUCUGGUGGAUUUACUCCAAAUCCAUCCAUGUUCUCGCAAGGGCCUGGUGGCUAUCCUGCCCCCCAAGCCGGGGGCCCACCUGCCCCCUCCCCUAACCAACCCUAUGGCAUGUACCCUCAGCCAGGAGGAGGUAUGCCCCAAGGUCAAGGAAUGGGUUACCCUGGAGGGCCAGCCCCGGGCCAGCAGAUGCCAGGCCAGCAGAUGCCGGGACAGCAGAUGCCAGGCUACCCAAAUGCACCUUCACCCAAUCCGUCUAUGCCAGGUUACCCCAGCAACCCCUCACCCAACCCGUCUAUGCCUGCGUAUGGAGGAGGUUACGGAGGAGGCACACCAGCCGUUCCUGCAGUCAAUCGUGGAUUCAGAGGAUCGAUACCAGACUUCCCUGGUGCUGACCCACUAAAAGAUGCAGAGGUCCUUAGGAAGGCAAUGAAGGGCUUUGGCACCGAUGAACAAGCCAUCAUUAAUUUGCUUGGAAGUCGCUCAAACAAGCAACGUGUGCCUCUCUUGAUAUCAUACAAGACUGCUUAUGGAAAGGACUUGAUUAAGGAUCUGAAGUCUGAGCUUUCAGGGAACUUUGAGAAAGUGGUGCUGGCCAUGUUGAAGACUCCAGCUCAGUAUGAUGCAUACGAGCUCAAAGAGGCCAUCAAGGGGGCAGGAACAGAUGAGGCCUGUCUGAUUGAAAUCUUGUCCUCUCGCUCUAAUGCAGAGAUCCGAGAAAUCAAUCAAGUCUUCAAAACUGAGAAUAAGAAGUCACUAGAGGACGCCAUCCGAGGAGACACAUCUGGACACUUUCAAAGACUCCUGGUCGCUCUUUGUCAGGGUAAUCGAGAUGAGCGUGAUACUGUGGAUAUAUCAUUAGCUAAACAAGAUGCUCAGGCUCUGUAUCAAGCAGGAGAAGGUAAACUUGGCACAGAUGAGUCUAAGUUCAAUGCCAUACUGUGCGCCCGGAGCAAGCCUCACCUGAGAGCAGUAUUCAAUGAGUACCAGCAGAUGUGUGGUAGAGCCCUUGAGAAAAGCAUUGAGAGGGAAAUGUCUGGAGAUCUCGAGGGUGGAAUGCUGGCCGUCGUGAAAUGCAUUAAGAACACACCAGCCUACUUCGCCGAGAGACUCUACAAGGCCAUGAGGGGAGCGGGAACAAAGGAUCGAACUCUGAUCCGCAUCAUGGUUACUCGCUCUGAGGUCGACAUGCUGGACAUUCGUCAGGAAUACAUGAAGCUGUAUGGGAAAUCGCUCUAUACAGCCAUAUCAGGAGACACCUCAGGGGACUACAAAAAAAUACUGCUGAAGCUAUGCGGUGGAAGCGAUUGAGAGCUCUGCAGGCCACAGAAGACAUGAAGCCACCAUUUAUACACACGAUACACAUAACUCUAAUAUGCACUUAUUACAUACCUGCAUGUUUUAUCUACUCCGUGCUGAUAUGCUGCACAUUACUUCAUGCUGUUUUUUAAUACUACAUUUUUAUUUUAAGGGUAUCCUUAUCUCUUUAUGUGCCUUCUAUGCUGAAAACGGUGACUUAGCCAAUGAUUGAAAUAUAGAAAAUUUGCAUAUAUAUUUUAUAUAUUCGUUGUAUCCAAAUAUAUUUUGUUUGCAAGCUAAUAUCAAGACACAUUUUGUUAUUAGUAUUGUGUACACAUCUGAAUACCAAGUUAUUACAAUAAUGUAUUAGUACUUUGCAGAUGGGGAAAAUGUGCCAUAAUUUGAAGUUUAGUUGUUAGCCAAAGAUGAAUGUGCAUUAAUUUGUGUCUGUUUCAUAGUAAAAGCAUUACAUGUAUGAAUCCAGCCAGCCAUAAACUUCUUUUGUUGCAGCCAUAAUGAUUGUCAACCAGCUGUUUAUUAAAGCAAAAAGUAAUAAUG